CAUAAAAAAAACCAUAAAAGCAGUGGAAAAAGGAAUAGAAUUGCCUCAUCUCCAUUCCUUUGCUUCCCUUUAUAUAAUAUAUAUAUACACAUACACACAUAUAUAUAGUUCUUUUUUCUUUCAUCAAAGGAAGUCUUAUUACGCUUACUCAACUAUCUCAGCCAUAGCUGGUUCUUGCUAGAGUUGUACUGGUCUGGACUUUAAUUAUAGCUAGGGUUUUGAUUGAGCCAUUUUUGGUGAUUUUUCUGAUCUGGGUUUUCUGUAGAAAUGGACGACUACGAUCAUCUCAACAACAACAACAACACUCAAAGGGGGAAUUUGAAUUUCUUGUAUGCAACACCAGUACUUGCACCGCAUCACAAUUCAUCGACGUACAGUAGAGCCAGCAGUGGAUCUAACAUCAGCAAUAAUAAUAAUAAUACCCAGAUGCCUAUAACUUCCUUUCACCUUCAAUCAAGCGAGUGUUAUAAUAAUAAUCCAGCAGUGGCGGUGAAGACUGAAGCCAGCACUUCACAGCAGGCCCAGAAGUACCAUAAUUACAAUUUAUUAAGAGGGAUUAGUCAAGCUGUUCAUCACCAACAACAAGAAGGGAGCCAUGGAAGCUCAAGUCAUGAAGUUGAAGCCAUCAAAGCUAAAAUUAUUCAACACCCUCAGUACUCCAACCUCCUUGAAGCUUACAUGGAUUGUCAAAAGGUAGGCGCACCGCCGGAGAUAGUUGCUCGGCUAUCCGCAGCUCGUCAGGAGUUCGAGGCGCGGCAGCGAUCUUCGGUCAGUUCAUGGGAUUCUUCGAGAGACCCAGAACUCGAUCAGUUCAUGGAGGCUUAUUACGACAUGCUGGUGAAGUACCGGGAGGAGCUUACAAGACCGUUUGAAGAAGCAAUGGAUUUCAUGCGCAGAAUAGAGACUCAGUUGAAUAUGCUCGGCAGUGGACCCGUUCGGGUCUUCAAUUCUGAAAAUAAGUGUGAGGGUGCUGGUUCAUCCGAUGAGGAUCAAGAGAAUAGCGGAGGAGAAACAGAACUUCCCGGGAUCGAUCCGCGUGCUGAGGACCGACAACUGAAGAAUCACUUACUAAGGAAGUACAGUGGCUAUUUAAGUAGCUUAAAGCAAGAGCUUUCCAAGAAAAAGAAGAAAGGGAAGCUACCCAAGGAAGCCAGGCAGAAGUUAUUAGCCUGGUGGGAAUUACACUACAAAUGGCCAUAUCCCUCGGAAUCGGAGAAGGUGGCAUUGGCUGAAUCAACAGGGUUGGACCAGAAGCAGAUAAACAAUUGGUUCAUAAAUCAAAGGAAGAGGCACUGGAAACCUUCGGAAGAUAUGCAAUUCAUGGUGAUGGAUGGACUACAUCCCCAGAAUGCAGCACUCUACAUGGAUGGUCAUUACAUGGGCGACGGCCCUUAUCGUUUAGGGCCAUGAACAGCCUGCAACUGCGUACUGGAGUGUCGACCCUAGCUUGGAAACUAUCAGUCAUGCCAAAAGAUUAUUAAUCUUGAUAAUUUUUCUAUCACAAGCUAGAGCCAUUGCCAUAAGAUUGUGAAGCAUGGCCAUUUGGAAUUACUUCUUGUACUCAAUUGCUUAUGCUUCUUUUUUUUUUCUUUCCUUUUCUUGAGGAUAUUCUCGUGUUGUACGUUUGAAAGUAUGCGUAUAAGGAGUUAAUAGCAGUUGUAACUUUUGUAGAUGUAGGGCAGCGUGAGGAAGAAAUACUCUAUUUGAAUCUAUUGAUUCGACUCACGAAUACCAGGAUCAAGCUAGCUACUUAAAUAUGUUGAUACGACCACGCUGCCUUGCAUCAUGUGUGCUGUUGAAUGUGUAUUGUACACUCUAUGCAUGUCAUUAGACCUGCCUUGUUAAGUGUAUAUUAGCGAAGAUAAGGUGUGUAUUGAUAAGGUUGUACUA